UUGCGUUGCUUUCGACAAAAACGUAAAUAUAUUUAUGUACCACUUGUGGCUGUGAAUUACUUCAUCAAAAUACAACCCCAAUGAUAAAGUGCUUUAAAUGAACUUGGUGGUGACAAAAGGACACAAUUCAAUUUGUUUUGUGCACAUAUACUGUAUGUUACAUACGUACCUACGCUUAUAAGCCAAACGCAACGUUUCGUAUAUUACAAAUGUGGUUACAAUGGAUUUAUAUUGAACCCUUUGCGUAAAUAAUAAUGCGUUGGGGUUUACUAGUAGAAACAAGCGAUUAGUACUGCUGCAACCCUUAAAUUCAAAUUCAAAAAUUUAGAGGGAUGACAAGGUUACAUGUCUGCUAUUUACACUGAUGCCUUCUAGUGUGUAGUCAUGACUUUCGUUACACACGUUUGAUGUAUGACAAACUACCUUAUGAAAAGGACGUUAUCAAAUUUGAAAGUUUAUUUGAGUAUGAAACACCACCACACCACCGACCGCCGCCGCCGUAGUGAUUUUGAUGGGUGAGAAUAGCUUGUGGCGUUUUUGGGACUUUAGAAAUAAAGGCAAUGUCGAACCGUGUCGCUUGCCUGUUGUAGUUAUGUACAUCGGUUUGAUAAUAGAUAACGAUGUCAAGAGAUAAACGAACCAAAAUGACUGAAGAACAACAACAGCAUCACCAAGAAACUUCAGCGUCUCCACAAAAUCAAAGAAAAUCUCCACCGAAGGAUCGCAAGAAUAUCAAUGAACUUCGAAAUCAAGAUUACGUUAGCCGCCUUUUAGCCGCAACACCACCCUACUUAUACUCAGCGCCGGUUGGGCCAAAUAAUUUCUUCUUCAGCGAUAUGUUGAGAUCUCUUGUUCAAGCUAGAAACAAUGAAAAUGCGCGAAAUCUUCAAAUGCAGCAAGCUGCAGUUAUGGCUAGAAGACCGAGAAAACGUUCUUGGAGUCAACAUCGACCGUAUUAUGAGCAAUUAAGGGAACGUAAGGGGCUUGAUGAAAAAAUUCCAAUACCCGAAAAACCCCUUGAACUCACCAACAAACAGUUCUCGCCAAUGGCAGCUGCAAAAUAUCCUAAGACUGCUGAUCCUUCUACAAAGGAAUCGAUUUGCUCAAAGGAAUUAAACGAGUCUGGUGCCACCGAAGGUCAAACAAUAUUACAAGACAGCCCAACAGCAGCUUCUUUGCCACCACAAGACCUGGUUCUUCCUCCUCCACCACCAGUUUGGUAUCCACCUAUCUAUCCUCCAUAUGGAAUCGACCCGCUUCACUUUUUUAUUGAUCUACGAGUCUCUGGACACAUAUAUGAUCGUAAGAAGGAGAACGUCUCACCUUUGGCUAGUGCUGAAAACAACACACUUGUUUCCUCUGAAUCAGAAACACCUGCAAAAUAUAGACAUGGUUCUGCCUUUUCAGUCCCAGUUCCACGAAGUGAAUCCAAAGGUUCUUCAGCAAUAAAUUUAUCAUCGUCUUCUUCUUCUGCUUCGGAAACUUCUAACAAAAUUGAGAACUACGCAAAGUACUACGACUUGGGUGAAACCAAAGAGAAUCUUCCCAGCCCAAAGAGAACUUCUAACUAUAUGCUUCAAAACCUACCAAGGCUUUACGGACAAUUUGCAUCAUCAACAAAAGAUUUGUCAGAGGGAAAUUCGUAUGAGACUGACAAUAAAUCGGAUCAAGAUUGUGAAGAUUCUAUAGAUGAACAUAGUUGUGGAAAUUAUAGGGAAAAUUCAUCACACAUUGAUGUCGAAAUGAUAGAUUCUCAAAAAUUUCAAAACGAUGACAUCAGUAGUGGGUGUGCAAGCCCUGAAGAAUGUAAGGUUAACGAUCAUAACAAUGAAUAAAAAUGUAAUGGAUUUGAUU